AUGUCACUGAUUUUAAAGGCUGGAAGGCCCAAAGCCCCCACUCUCCCUGACCCAAAGCCCCCACUGUCUCCAAUCCAAAGCCCGUCCCAAAGCCCCCGCUCUCCCCGACUCAAAGCCCGUCCCAAAGCCCCCGCUCUCCCCAACUCAAGGCCCGUCCCAAAGCCUCCGCUCUCCCCGACCCAAAGCCCGUCCCAAAGCCCCCGCUCUCCCCGACCCAAAGCCCGUCCCAAAGCCGCCGCUCUCCCUGACUCAAAGCCCCGCUCUCCCCGACCCAAAGCCCGUCCCAAGGCCCCCGCUCUCUCCGAUCCAAAGCCCGUCCCAAAGCCGCCGCUCUCCCCGACCCAAAGCCUGUCCCAAAGCCCCCGCUCUCCCCGACCCAAAGCCUGUCCCAAAGCCUCCGCUCUCCCCGACCCAAAGCCCGUCCCAAGCCCCCCGCUCUCUCCGAUCCAAAGCCCGUCCCAAAGCCGCCGCUCUCCCGAUCCAAAGCCCGUCCCAAAGCCUCCGCUCUCCCCGAUCCAAAGCCCCCGCUCUCCCCGAUCCAAAGCCCGUCCCAAAGCCUCCGCUCUCCCCGAUCCAAAGCCCGUCCCAAAGCCGCCGCUCUCCCCGACCCAAAGCCUGUCCCAAAGCCCCGCUCUCCCCGACCCAAAGCCUGUCCCAAAGCCUCCGCUCUCCCCGACCCAAAGCCCGUCCCAAGCCCCCGCUCUCUCCGAUCCAAAGCCCGUCCCAAGGCCCCCGCUCUCUCCGAUCCAAAGCCCGUCCCAAAGCCGCCGCUCUCCCCGACCCAAAGCCUGUCCCAAAGCCCCCGCUCUCCCCGACCCAAAGCCUGUCCCAAAGCCUCCGCUCUCCCCGACCCAAAGCCCGUCCCAAGGCCCCCGCUCUCUCCGAUCCAAAGCCCGUCCCAAGGCCCCCGCUCUCUCCGAUCCAAAGCCCGUCCCAAAGCCGCCGCUCUCCCCGAUCCAAAGCCCGUCCCAAAGCCUCCGCUCUCCCCGAUCCAAAGCCCCCGCUCUCCCCGAUCCAAAGCCCGUCCCAAAGCCGCCGCUCUCCCCGUCCCAAAGCCCCCGCUCUCCCCGAUCCAAAGCCCGUCCAAAGCCUCCGCUCUCCCCGAUCCAAAGCCCCCGCUCUCCCCGAUCCAAAGCCCCCGCUCUCCCCGAUCCAAAGCCCGUCCCAAAGCCGCCGCUCUCCCCGUCCCAAAGCCCCCGCUCUCCCCGAUCCAAAGCCCGUCCCAAAGCCUCCGCUCUCCCCGAUCCAAAGCCCCCGCUCUCCCCGAUCCAAAGCCCCCGCUCUCCCCGAUCCAAAGCCCGUCCAAAGCCACCGCUCUCCCCGAUCCAAAGCCCCCGCUCUCCCCGAUCCAAAGCCCCCGCUCUCCCUGACCCAAAGCCCGUCCCAAGGCCCCCGCUCUCUCCGAUCCAAAGCCCGUCCCAAAACCCCCGCUCUCCCCGACCCAAAGCCCCCGCUCUCCCCGACCCAAAGCCCCCGCUCUCCCCGACCCAAAGCCCCGCUCUCCCCGACCCAAAGCCCCCGCUCUCCCCGACCCAAAGCCCCCGCUCUCCCCGAUCCAAAGCCCCCGCUCUCCCCGAUCCAAAGCCCCCGCUCUCCCUGACCCAAAGCCCGUCCCAAGGCCCCCGCUCUCUCCGAUCCAAAGCCCGUCCCAAAACCCCCGCUCUCCCCGACCCAAAGCCCCCCUCUCCCCGACCCAAAGCCCCCGCUCUCCCCGACCCAAAGCCCCCGCUCUCCCGACCCAAAGCCCCCGCUCUCCCCGACCCAAAGCCCCGCUCUCCCCGACCCAAAGCCCCCGCUCUCCCCGACCAAAGCCCGUCCCAAAGCCCCCGCUCUCCCCGAUCCAAACCCCCGCUCUCCCUGACCCAAAGCCCGUCCCAAGGCCCCCGCUCUCUCCGAUCCAAAGCCCGUCCCAAAACCCCCGCUCUCCCCGACCCAAAGCCCGUCCCAAAACCCCCGCUCUCCCUGACUCAAAGCCCCCGCUCUCCCCGACUCAAAGCCCGUCCCAAAGCCCCCGCUCUCCCUGACCCAAAGCCCGUCCCAAAACCCCCGCUCUCCCUGACUCAAAGCCCCCGCUCUCCCCGACUCAAAGCCCGUCCCAAAGCCCCCGCUCUCCCCGAUCCAAAGCCCGUCCCAAAGCCGCCGCUCUCCCCGAUCCAAAGCCCCUGCUCUCCCCGAUCCAAAGCCCCCGCUCUCCCUGACCCAAAGCCCGUCCCAAGGCCCCCGCUCUCUCCGAUCCAAAGCCCGUCCCAAAACCCCCGCUCUCCCCGACCCAAAGCCCGUCCCAAAACCCCCGCUCUCCCUGACUUAAAGCCCCCGCUCUCCCCGAUCCAAAGCCCCUGCUCUCCCCGAUCCAAAGCCCCCGCUCUCCCUGACCCAAAGCCCGUCCCAAGGCCCCCGCUCUCUCCGAUCCAAAGCCCGUCCCAAAGCCCCCGCUCUCCCCGAUCCAAAGCCCGUCCCAAAGCCGCCGCUCUCCCCGAUCCAAAGCCCGUCCCAAAGCCGCCGCUCUCCCCGAUCCAAAGCCCCUGCUCUCCCCGAUCCAAAGCCCCUGCUCUCCCUGACCCAAAGCCCGUCCCAAGGCCCCCGCUCUCUCCGAUCCAAAGCCCGUCCCAAAACCCCCGCUCUCCCCGACCCAAAGCCCGUCCCAAAACCCCCGCUCUCCCUGACUUAAAGCCCCCGCUCUUCCUGUUGCGACUGUAUCACGUGCUGUUUGAACUGACGCGCUACUGCGAUCUGUCGCAUUUAACAGCGCCGAAACGUUCCAUAUCAAGAUCACACUGUAAACCUGCUUUAUCUGCGAUGCUGGAAUAUAAAGAGAUGUUGAGGGAAGAUGGAGAGAUACUGCACGUCAGACGCUCCUCUGCCAACAGAUGA